CUCCAGAAACUUGCGUUCAAGAUAAUUCACUCCACCACGCUGUUUUUGCCAGCAUGGAAGGUGAUCCUCGAUGAGCUACAACUACCAGUUCGCAUCAUGCCUCGGGAUGUUUCCACCAGGUGGAAUUCUACCUUCGACAUGCUAGACUUCGCCAUUGAGUACUGUCAAGCUCUUGAUGACUUCACCGGAGAUCGCAAAUUUGGGUUGCGCAAGUUUGAGUUGAGUGAGAGCGAGUGGGGAAUAGCUCAGCAAUUGCGGGACACUUUACUGAUCUUAAAGGAUGCAACCACUUUCUUUUCACAUGCUACCCCGAACCUCGCUAUUGUGAUCCCUGCCAUGGAUCAUAUUGACGAGAUGCUAACUACUCACUCAUUUGACAAAGACCUCAACACCUCAAUUCGUGCAUCUCUCACUAUGGGCAAGAAGACACUGGACAGGUACUACUCGCUUACUGACAUGUCUCAAACAUACCGAAUCGCCAUGGUGCUUCAUCCGCACAACAAGCUCAACUACUUCAAG